AUGCCCUUGAGUCAAGCUGUUAAAGAGUUGACAGCGGCUGCGAAUGCUAGAUCAACGAAUUGGGAAGCGGGAGCCGCAAGGAGCCAGACGCUGGGAGAGGCUAUUGAGAAGUACAAGGCAAAAUAUGGACUAUUGCCGCCACCCAAUUUUGAUAAAUGGUAUCAAUUUGCUUUAGCCAACGGAUCGCCUGUCAUUGACCAUUUCACCCAGAUCCACAAUGACUUGCUUCCUUUUUGGAGUCUUGAGCCGAGUACCAUAAGGCAGAGAACCUCUUAUUUGGCCGAACACUCGGGGUUAGGUAUAAGCUUGCUCCGCAUAAGAAAUGGGACGUGCGAUUACUCACCAAAUAUACCUGGGUCUCACCGCUGGAUGAUGGACUCGAUGCAACGAAUGGUGGAACCUUUCGUCAAGUGGCUACCAGAUAUGGACGUUGCCAUGAAUCUCGGGGAUGAAUGUCAAAUGGCCAUACCUUUCGAAGAAAUGCGCGAACAUAAAUCUGUAGCGCGGAAAGCAAUGGCUAACAUGAUGCGUCCUGGCAAUAGAUCACAAAACAGCACGACGAUGAACUUCAAUGGGUCACAAUGGCCAUCGUCUUGGAGCACGCCGCUUCCAAACAAGGUCACGUCGCCCUUCUUCUCGGAUUAUAUUCGAUGGCAGAUCUACCAUGAUCUGGUCAGCCCUUCAUGCCCUCCUCAAUCACUGGCUCGCAGGAAGCGCUGGUGGGACUGGAGCACUCUCUGCGUGGAGUGUACGAUUCCACAUACAAUAUUCACCGACGAAGGAUCACUAGUAGCCGACGUCAGCCUGGCAAAGGAUCUGUGCCAUCAACCCGACAUAGCCCAUCUCAAUGGCUUCAUCAUGUCGCCAGCAGCAAUGUUGGGAACGAACAAACUGUUCCCUAUUUUCAGCCAAGGGCGCGUGGGAGGGUUCUCCGAUAUUAUGAUACCAUCUCCCUGGAAUUUUGACAAGAAAAGUCUUUAUAACGAGAGUCUUGAUCGAACUUGGGAAGACAAAUCAGAAGCACUGUUUUGGAGAGGGUCGAGCUCAGAUGGAUAUGCCGCCUACAAUUCAUGGAUGGGUUUCUUACGAGCCAGGUUUGGAAAUGAAGCCUAUCAAAGGGCGACGGCGCCCGAGCCAACAGUUACUGAGGAGACUCUGAAGAUCAAUGUUUCGUUUGCUGGAACCAUCUCUAAAUGUCACCAAGUCGAUUGCGACACAGAAUUGCACACAUUCAACAAAUGGGCUAAGGAUAUGCAUCUUGCUUCGGGCGAAAUCAACAAUGAUGAGACUGUAAGGAGACUCUCAACCAAAGUUGCACCGUUCGAAGACAACUGGAACUUUCGGCAUCUCAUCGACAUGGACGGGGCAGGGUUUAGUGGCCGAUUCUUACCCUUUCUGAAGAGCCAUAGUCUCGUCUAUCGAGCUGGUAUUUUCCAAGCAUGGUUCGACGAGCGGCUCACGGCGUGGCAGCACUAUGUUCCUAUCGACAUUCGACUAGGGUCUGGCGCUUGGGCACUUUUUGACUUUUUUUCGGGUAAAACACAUAAGGGCGGGCGAGAACAUGCACAAAAGAUCGCAGAGCAAGGGCGGACUUGGGCGCUGAAGGCGUUACGACCUGAAGAUAUGCAGAUUUAUAUGUUUCGACUGUUAUUAGAAUGGGGCAGGGUAGUAGAUGAUGAUCGAGAGCAUCUGGGUCUAGUGAGCGAGGUUGAUGCACUCUGA